UUUGGAUAAUAUCGGGACGACCUAGGUUGGGGGCAACAAUCGUCAGUUGAAUUAAUGGUUAACGUAUGAUUUUAUAUGCUGAUUGCUAAUUGUAAACAUAAAUUAUCUGGGAGCCUAAAUUUAUGGUAGUUCGUUGCGAAUUUGUUGGUGUUGUACCGUUGCAUUUUCUUAUGUAAGCAUGGCUGGUGUUUCGGAGAGUUUGGCGUGAUGUGAGGCAGAAUAUACCUCGGGAGGUAAUAUGUUUGAAGACAAACUCUAUGGGUAAAAUAGAAUCAGCGAAACAUGAAAUUGAACUAAAUAACUUAACCACAGAGAUAUGCAUAUUUGUAGACAAACUGCAUGAAUCCAAAACAUAUAAUGGCACAGAAUGGAGGAAAGAAACCUGAAGUUCCUCCAAAACCAAUAAUAACUCUGAAUAAUCUCGGUUACAGAGAGAAAACACCAACUAAGAGCCUUACCAUGUUGAUUCUUACCAGCCUUUAAAAGCAUCAUAUAAAAUUUAUGUUACUACAAAAAAGUUAAAUGAGUAAAACUAAAUUAAUUCAGUCAGUUCAGCAUAAGCAAAGUAACAUAAAUGAAAUUAUUUACUGUAAUUUAGUGGGAAGAAGCAAGAAAUAAAAAAAGGGAGUGGUCAUGAUUCUGGGCAUCUAGAAAUCUGUGAAUCUACUGAUGAUAAAAACAAGCAGUCAUUUAAAGGUUCUCUUCAUCCAUCAAUAAAGCACUCUUCUUUCUGCAGAGACAAACAAAGGCACUUUCAAAUGAAGGUGGUAACGUAUAGAGAAGAAGCAUCUUUGAAGGCGUUACCAAAGCCACCACUGUUACCCAAACCUUCACCUCAGGUCUAUCGAAACACCCCAGUUAAUUUCACAAGUGAAAAAGGCAAAUCAUCUCUGAAUGUUAGUAGUACUGUUCGACCAUUUUCUUUCACGGUCACUAACGUUGGAGAAGAAUUUAAUGAUAAAAAUGAUACAGACUUUGUGACUAAAGCAAGAAAGAUACUAGAAUCUGGCAGUACUGUUGUUGAAAAAUGCUGUAAUGUGUCCUUAGAAGAUAAAUGUCAUAGACAAUAUUUUAGAAGUGAUCACGUUCUUGAGCAUGUGAGCUCUGAAAAAAGUGAAACAGCAGCUGAUAGUAGUUCCUAUCAACGUGCUUUUAGUUUUUUUAGACAUGAAUCAUUUGAUGAUAAAUUUAAUAAAAAAAUUAGUACUGACUAUGCAGUUACUUCUCUGCCAAAUUUAUGUACUAAAGACAAAUGUUUGUUCAUAAACAUGUCAAAUGCAGUUUUGUUAAAACAAUACCCAUGUGUGAAUGCAAUCUGUGAUACAUUUUACCCUGCUGAUCUACAUUCAAUAUGUGUGAAAUCUGUGGGUGUUACUUCUGAAGCAAAGACUAAGUCUUCUCAUAUUGCCAGCUUAGUUAGCAAAGACAGUGUUAAAGAUGAUCUGUCUUCUUGUAAUGCAAGAUUUUCCAGAAAAUUAAUUCGUGGCAGUUCAGUUUUAGCUUAUAAUGUAAAAUGUCUUGCAAAACCUUUUCAAGAUGUGAAAACCUCUAGUGAUAAAGACUAUUCAGAAUGCAGUGUGAAGUCUAAGUCCGUAAGUUUAAUGUGCAGCUCACAUAAUGUGAAAAAUGUAUCCUCAAACCUAAAAGAUAUUGUUCCUGAACAUUUUUCAAGGCGUUAUUCUCUCCCUUCAGGCUAUAAGUCAUACCUACAUGAUGAACCUCAAACACAUAGAGGUACGUGUUCUAAAUCAUUGUGGUGCUUUGAAUGUGCUGAUGAACAUAGAAGCUCAAAAUGCAGAGACAUUAAAAUUUCAAAAGUUGAUGUUAAAGUGAAGCCUAGUAAAAUCUCUAAAAGUAGUAGUACAUUUUAUUUGCAGCAUGAUUUAUCUAAUAGAGAAGCAACAAGAGUUAGUGACAUAUCAUCAGAGAUUUCUGAGUUGGAAGGAAAAUGUUCUAAUAGUCAUAAACUCAUAACAGCGUUGGAUGUCAAUCGACCAGCCAGUGGUUUGAGCGGCAUGUUUGAAUCUGAUGAGAAUAGUGAUGCACCUAGUUCAGAAAGUUAUUUAAAUGUUCAGGAUAUUUCUGACUCUGACAAUGAGGAAAGUAUUACGAGCAUCAAUCAACCAGUUACCCUGACAGAUGCAGAGAGACAAGAAAAGAAAGCAUUUUAUACUGUGAGAGAGCUGGUGACUUCUGAAAAAGUUUUUUUGGAUGUGCUAAGACUUUUAACUCAGGAUUUAAAGAAUGCUGUAAAAUUUUCAGAGCGAACCAUCAAAAGUAUUAUUAUACCGGAGGAGAAUUUUUCUAAAAUUCUGAAUAAUCUUCCCCAACUAUUGCAUUUAAAUGAAGAUCUGUUGAAUGAUCUUGAGUACAGGGUUGACAAUUGGAAUACAAUUAAAAAAGUGUCAGAUGUUAUUGUUAAGAAAGGCCCUUUUUUAAAACUGUACUCUACAUACAUACAAAAUUUUGAAUUUCAGUGCAAUUAUCUUGACGAGUGUUGCUGCAAGUAUCCGAAGUUUGCAAGAGUAGUAAAGGAAUUUGAAGCAUCUCCAAGAUGUAAAAAGUUAUCUUUGAAACAUUAUAUGAUUAAACCAGUACAAAGGAUUCCUCAGUACAGACUUAUUUUGAGUGAUUACCUCAGUACUCAGAACUGUGACUCCCCAGACUAUGAAGACACUAAAGCAGCUUUGAAGAUAGUUUGUGAUGUUGCAGACCAUGCAAAUAGAGGAUUGAAACUGGGAGAUGGCUUGAAGAAGCUGAUGCAGCUGCAGACCAUGCUGAGAAACUAUGAAAUUAUCAAGCCUGGACGAGACUUAAUAAAAGACGGAGAGUUAUUUAAGUUAUCUCGGAAAGUGAUGCAGCCUCGUUAUUUUAUUUUGCUGAAUGAUUGCCUCCUGUGCACAUCCUACAUUGGCUCUACUAUUCAUUCAGCAGAGUCAGUUAAGGUAAACUAUCAGUUACCUUUGGAUAAUUUAAAAGUUUCUGUACCAAAAACUCAGGCAUAUGAAAAUGAAUUUAGCAUCAUAAGCACUCAACGAAGCUUCCGUCUGUCAGCAAGGUCAUCUGAAGAAAGAGAUGAGUGGGUAAGUGUGUUAAAGGAUGCCAUUAGGGAAUACGAGAAAAGAAAAGAAAGUUUCAAGCGAAAACCAUAUGUUGCUUUCAAACCAGAUGAAGAAGUAUCCUUUCCGGCAUUUAGUUUGGGGAAAGAUGCUCCAGUCUGGGUUCAUGACUUCCGUGUAACAAGAUGUCAGUCUUGUACUGAACCCUUCACAGUAACAUUUCGUAGGCAUCACUGUCGUGCCUGUGGGAAGGUUGUAUGUGGGAAUUGUUCUGAAAAUCGAGCGCCACUUGAGUAUAAAAAGUACCAGUCAGCUCGAGUGUGCGGUGAUUGCUUUGAAAGUCUUUUGAGAGAAUUUGAAGAAACACCGCCACAGCUAGGGAGUGAUGAAAGUGACACAAUACGGGCUCGGUUUGUUAAGAAAGGGGAAACUGGUAAAAAGAAGUAUGUUCCAGAACGUCUGUUGGAGGUUACUGCCAAUGAUGCAAAGUCACAGAUAAGUGGCUGGCUUCAAAAACGUUCCCGUAGAUCAUGGAAGCGUUACUGGUUUGUUCUAAAAAAUCAAGUUUUAUAUGUUUAUAAAGCUUCUGAGGAUGUUGUUGCUCUGGAAAGCAUUCCGGUGUUGGGAUACCAAGUGGUGUCACUUAAAGAGGCGUCCGCAUCAUUGUACGAAGGUAUUGACAAGAAUCUAGUCUUUCAGUUGCACCACAUUGGACAGACUCCAAUAACUUUUUAUGCAGACAGUGAACAAAUGACUGCCAAGUGGAUUGCUGCCUUGGAAGCGCAGACUGUAUUUUAAAACAUGCUAAUUUUUUUAGAUACUUGUAAAAGCUAUGGAACACAUUUGUUGUUAAGUGCCUACUUCCAAGUACAAAUGUAUGUGUAGGAUCUUAAUAUUAUGUAAAAAUUUACUACCUGAUAUUUGCUCAAUGUAAUUUUGCUCAAACUGUUGCCUUAUUUGUAUUUAAAUUUUGUACAUAGGUAUUAUAAUAUGUAUUUUAGUCUGUUAUUUAUAGUUAUAAACUUUUAUGAAUUUAUAAUACUUAUGUAUGUUGUAAACUGUUGCCAUGUUGUAUAAAUUAUAUUUAAUGCAAUAUUUCUUAGUCUUUUGAGAAUAAGAAGAUUGUUAAAACAUAUGUAAAAAAAAGAAAUAUCUAGACAAUAAUUCACUUGCCUAAAAAAUACUGGAGAAGUGUAAAUAACACACUGAUAAUCUAGUAAAAAUUUGAUUGUAAAGUUUCAUUAUAAAGACAAUUACAGGUUAUGUUAUGACUUUUUUUCAUAUGAGCAUGAUAAGGCACACCGCUGUUGUAUAAUUCCUAUUACAAAUAAAAUAAUUGUUGUACAGAUUACUCUUUGGGCCAGUUUCACAAUGUCUGACUUUGUUUCAAUUAAGUUGUUACUGUUUAAUAAAAAUUCUCUGUAAGCUUUGUUUACUGUUUCUAUGUGUAUGGAUAGUUGUAAACAAAAGAUAAUUUGUUUUUAACAAUAUUGUCUUUGACACACAAAUAGUUCCGAUUUCCAGGCUAAUCGAAACACGACACAAGGGCCAUUUUUGGCUAUUUUAGGCAUUGUUUGUUUAUCUUAAGAGUUUUAUCAGGUUAUGUGUUAAUGGUGCUGGUUCUUGGUUUUUUUGAUGUUAUGCUACUGUCUCAAAUAAUUAAAUUUUUUAUGAUAUAAUUUUUAAAUUUUUCAAACAAAAAUUAUGUAAAUCUACUUACUUAACUUUCCUGUUUACCAUAGAAAGAUGUAUCUGAUUGUAUGAUACACCCCACAAACAUGCAGAGACUGCACCUACAAUUAAUUUAAAUCACCUCAAAUCUUCCCAUAUCAUCAAACUGACUUGCAAAUAAGCAACAUUUAAUUUUUACUAUUGUUUUGCAUAGUAUAUGAACACAUUAAUAAUGGGCUUUAUUUAUGGUAAUAUUAGUUUUAUACUAAACUAUGAACAAAAUUUUGGAAAUAAAUUGUAAGUUAUUUUAUGUAAGUAGUAUCCAAUAAUACAAAGUUUUGACAAACAUUUUUACCACAGUCAACUUUAAUAAUUUUAAUGUUCUUGCAUCCAGUGAAUGAUUUAAAAAAAUUUAAAUUUAAUAAUAUAAUUUAUAUUUUAAGUGGUAUCUACUAAUUGUCUAAAACAUGUAAAACCUUUUGAACUCAUAUUAUUUCACACCGUUUACAGGAUAGCUACAGGUAUAGAAAACCAGAAAAAUCAAGAAAAAUCAGGACAAUUUAAAUGAUCAUUGAAUACCAGGAAAAGUCAAGGAAAUACAAAAUAUUUAAAAAAAAAAUUUUUUUCAUGAUAACAAAAUUUAAAUGGAAAAUACUUUUUUUGUUGACGUUUAAGCGCCUCAAAAAUGUUAAAACGUUUAACACCACAAAAUUAGAUUGAGUUUUCUUAUUUUCGUGAAAUCCCACCAUUUUUACAGUGAACAAGAAAAAAAUUAUAUUCACUUGUUUACAUAUUAGUUCUAUAGCCUACAUUCAAUAGUUUUAGGCGAAUCUGUAGAAAUUGUUUAUAAACUCUUUUAUACAGGAUGUAUCAAAAUUCAUGUUACAACGCUUGAGGGUAGAAAGCUCUUAUUAUUUGCAACUAUUUUUGCCAGUAAAAAUGUUGCCGGAAACGCGUAGUUAAGCCCCUGUAGCCCCAGAAAGAGUCAGCGUAGGCAACCCGUUGUAGAGUGUUAUGUUGUGGAUGUGCGGGCGUUUGAGUAGAGAAAUAACCUUUUUAAUCGUGGCACAGAUUUUAAUUUCACUCUGAAAUCAAUCACAGCUUCGGCUUUGUUUCACAACAUUAAAAUUGUUGCAUACGUUUUAACAACGUGACAGCCUAAAGCAACGGCUCAAAAACACGUCCACCUUGAGCGACACAGAGGUGGCAACGGCGAAUCAUGUUUUCACGGAUACGCUGGAGCAUGUGUGGAGUCGACCUUAUGAUUUCGAACGCUUCAAUGAUUCGCUGUGUAAGCUCUUCUACCGUUUCUACUGGCGUAGCGUAGAUAAGCCCUUUUACGUAACCCCACAGAAAGAAAUCUAACGGGGUUAGGUCCGGUGACCUUGGUGGCCAUGCGACGGGGCCUGCUCGUCCAAUCCAUCGGUUUGGAAAUGUUCGGUUUAAAUACUCUCGCACUUGCAGGGAAAAAUGAGGUGGUGCCCCGUCAUGUUGGUACCACAUCACAUGUCGGACUUGCAAUGGAACCUCUUCAAGAAGACCUAGUAGUUCGUUCUGUAGGAAGUGGAGGUAUCCGGCGCCGGUAAGUCGUGGCGGAAGAAAAAAAGGCCUGAUGAGUACGCCGUGAACAAUACCGGCCCACACAUUAACUGAAAAACGUUCCUGGCGAGCUGUAACACAUGUUGCAUGCGGAUUGACAUCAUUCCAAACAUGACUGUUGUGCGAAUUGGGAAUAGCGUCUUGAGUGAACUUUGCUUCAUCGCUGCAUAAAACCGCUAACUCGGGGUUCCUCAAUACUCUUCGAAUGUACCAACGAGAAAAGGUCAUGCGAAGAGGAUUGUCCGCCGGACUCUUGUGUUGCACUUUUUGAAGGUGGUACGGGUACAAGAGUUGCUCAUGAAGAACUCGCCAAACAGUCAUUUGUCAGUGUCCAUAUCGGAACCUUCAGCCCUUGUGCUUGUAUCCGGACUCUCCUCAAAUCUCUGAAGUACAUCUUCUGCAAAACUGGGAGUACGAACCCUGCGUGGAGCACCAUCAUUUGGUCUUGUGACGGUACAUGUACCAGUAUCACGCAUUCGCUGAGUAAGUCUUGCAAACAUGGUGUGAGCUGGAACCCUACGACCCGGAUAUCGUUCUUCGUACAGACAACGGGCGGCUCGUCCAUUUUGUCUAUCUUCCCCGUAAACAAGCAGCAUGUCCGUGUACUCACUAAACGUGUACUCCAUUGAGCUCCACUAAAACGUUGCCCUUUUCAGAACCAUAGCGAAAGAAAUGACACCACGAGUUUGCUUGUACGACAGAACAGUCAACGACAGACCACCAGUGAUAUCAAAACACACUGCGAUGUCACGCUGCGCAGUGCUAUGGCACGGCACGAAUGGAAGAAAAGAGGUGAGGGCGCCACCAACGGAAGUAAAAAGGGGCGGGGGUCAGCAUUCAACAUCAUACAGUCCUCUCGAGCACUGGCCGGCGUCGUAAACACGUAAUUCACCACAGCAUCAUCUGUCUCACACAAAGCCCAACAGGUUGCCUACGCUGACUCUUUCAGGGGCUACAGGGGCUUAACUACGCGUUUUCGGCAACAUGUUUAUUGGCAAAAAUGGUUGCAAAUAAUAAGAGCUUUCUACCCUCAAGCGUAACAUGAAUUUUGAUACACCCUGUACAUAUAUUGAAGCUGUUGUUUCGUUCGUAGCUCCCGUGCGGCCUAGCAUUCCCCACCCUCGUUCCCCUCCGCCGCUUCUACCAGUAGAUUUCCCUCUCCAUUUCCACCUUCCACCCCUUUUUAGUUCUCCUCCGCCGCACUAGCGCCAUCUGUCGGGUGCUGCUAUAUAAGCUCCUGUAUGAGCUUGUCUUGGGUCGUUCGGUUGCGGUCGGAGAGUGAGGUCGGGUCAGUAUCGACAGUGGCGUUGAACGAAAACAGUAGAUCGUAAGUGCAUGCACGAUAUGGCAGUGCCCUUAUUUAGCCAUUUUACAUAGCCUGUAGAUUUCUUUUUCAUGUGGACUGGGCUUGGGGCUUGAGUCAUAUACUCAUGCCUCAAUACUUGUGAAUGUUUUCGCAUCAAUAAUUAGGGCCCUAUAUGUAUUUGUACGCCCUCAAUUGGGCAGGCCCUAGCUGUCUUUUUGUCUGAACGUCGUUUGUAUAUUUGUCAUUUGUUACCUGAGAUUUGUGUCAUGUUGCCUGUUAAUAAUAAAUAUUUUGAUUAGA